AUGGCUGGGUUCUCUCUGAGGGGCGGCGGCGGCGGCGGAGGCGGGAGGGGAGGGGACCGGGGCGGCGAUCACCCGAUCGGCGCCGACAGCCUGUUUCUGUACGCGCGCGGGGCGGCCGCCGCGGCCGCCGACACGGCGGCCAGCGGCGGCGGCGGGGGCGGCGGGAUAGGGUUCCAGCUCUGGCACCCGCACCAGCAGGCGGCGGCGGCCGCCGUCGCCGCGCCGCACACGUCGCAGUUCUUCUCCUCCGGCGCCGUCGCCACGGGCGUCGUGCUCGGCUUCUCCUCGCAUGACGGGGGCGCCGGAGGGAUCGGCGGCGCGGGCGGCGCCGGGGGCGGCAGGGCCGGCACCAGCUGCCAGGACUGCGGCAACAACGCCAAGAAGGACUGCGUGCACAUGCGCUGCCGUACCUGCUGCCGGAGCCGCGGCUUCAGCUGCCCCACGCACGUCAAGAGCACCUGGGUCCCCGCCGCCAAGCGUCGGGAGCGCCAGCAGCAGCUCGCCGCGCUCUUCUGCGGCGCCGCCAACAGCAACAGCGCCAGCGCCGCAGCAGCCGCAGCCGCCGCCGCGGCCGCGAGCAAGCGCCCGCGCGAGCUCGUCCGCUCCCUUGGCCGCUUGCCGUCCGCCAACUCCGCCAUGGUCACCACGACAACCUCCUCAGGCGACGGCGGCGGCGGGAGGUUCCCGCCGGAGCUGAACGUGGAGGCGGUGUUCCGCUGCGUGCGGAUCGGGCCGGUGGACGAGCCAGACGCGGAGCUCGCGUACCAGACGGCGGUGAGCAUCGGUGGGCACACUUUCAAGGGGAUCCUGCGUGACCACGGGCCAGCGGACGACGCGGCGGUGGGGCAGCUGCCGCCGUCCUCGGCGGAGUACCACCAGCUGACGGCGGGGCAAGCGAGGGAAGGGUCGUCGCCGGCGGGGAGCAGCGAGGCGGCGGCCACGGUGGCGACGUCGGCGGCGGUGCUGAUGGACCCGUACCCGACGCCGAUCGGCGCCUUCGCCGCAGGCACCCAGUUCUUCCCUCAUAACCCUAGAACCUAG